CGAACCGAUUUCCGCCGGGCUCGCGCGUCACUGUGGUGGACUCGGUGCUGAUUGCAGAGGCGCGUGUUGCGUACCGCGGCGCCUACGGCCUUGGCGACGCGUCCGCGUGCCUUGUGUUGCACAACGUGAAUCUGACGGGGAGCGUGCUGACCAUUGCGCGCACGCAUAUGGCGGCGGUGUUUCGCGACGCUGUUGGCGUGCUGUUUGUUGGCGGCGUGGCGCUGUCGUCGCGCGGAGCGCUGUACGUGGACGGGCUGUUGGUGCAGACGGUGCUGGGGCUGUGCGUGUCGGUGGAGGGCGGUGUCGCGGCCAGCGGCGGCUCCGUGGUGGCGUUUGUUGACAGCGACUUCCUGCUGUGCAAGCACGCGGUGUCCGUGCGUGGGGCUGUGAGCGUGUCGGGCUCCGCUGUGGCGCUUGUGCGGAGCGAAUUCUUGUCGACGGAGGACUACGCGGUGGCGUUCUAUUCGACGGUGGGGCUGGCUGGUGGGUCGAUGCUGCUGGCGAAGGGCAACGUGCACGACGGCGUCUCGAGGGAGAUGCUCUACGCCGCUGGCGCCGUGACCGCUGCUGGGAGCACGCUGAGCUUUGUGCGCAACCGAGCGCUGCUGCCGCGGAUGCUGUCGCUGAGCCUGUCGCUUGCGGCUGGGGCGCAUUUGAGGGUGGCGUGCAACGACGCUGGUGGACGUGUCCUGUCGACGGCGGAGGAGUACGCAGCGGCUGGUUUUGGCGACGCUGGGAGCAUCGACGUUGCUGGGUGCGACGACUGCGACAGGGACACGCACUGCUACGCGCCCGGGACGGCGACGGCGAGCAUGAAGGACGGUGUGUGCGUGUGCUUGUGCGGCAGCGGCGGGUACGGCGAGGCGUGCGUGCCUGUGGGAGCUCCCGCGCUGCCGUCCGCUGUGGGCACUGCGCCGAGUGUGUUCUUCCGCGAGGGCGUGACGCUGCAGUCGGUGUUCGUUGUGCCUGCCGGCGCGAGCGAGGUGACGCUGCGCCACGUUGUGCUGGACGGCGUGAGUCCUGUGCUCUACGUGCCGUGGAUGGCGCGGGACGGCGUGCGGAUCGUUGUGCAGGACGUGUCGCUGCUGAACGGAG